ACGGACCGACAGACCGAACGACCUACUGACUGCCCGGCCGGCAGGCGUGUCCGCGGCCGCCAUGGAGGUGUGCGAGAGCGGCGGGGAGCAGCCGCCGCUGCUACACUGGGACCGCAAGCUGAGCGAGCUGUGCGAGCCCGCCGACCCCGACACGCUGCUGAGCCACACGCACUUCACAGAGUUCCUGGAUGAAUUUUCACCUGAUGUCCUAGGCCAGCUCUUGAAUGAUCCCUUCUUGUCUGAGAAGAAUGAAAUAAUGGAGGUGGAAUUGUCUCCAGCAUCCCCAGCGCCCCUCAUCCAGGCAGAACACAGCUAUUCCCUGUGUGGGGACUCUCGACCCCAGUCGCCCUUGACCCACAUCUCGACUGAUGACAACUUCAAUGAAGGUGACCUGGAAAAUGAGGAAUGGUGUCUGGCUACAGAGUUCACUCCAGCAUCAAUAAAGACUGAGCCAGGGUUGUGCGAGACAUCAGGCCUCGCUCCCUCCGUCAGCCUCACCGUCACGGCCACAUCACUGGAGGGAGAACGACCUGAACUACAGACAGAUGCCCUGAUGAAACCACUGACCCAGAAAGUUCUUCCAGAGAUUAAAUUGGAGCCCCAUGAAGUGGAUCAGUUCCUGAACCUCUCUUCUAAGGAAGCAGUGGAUCCCCUGCAUUUGCCUCCAACUCCCCCCAGCAGCCAUGGCAGUGACUCUGAAGGAGGGCAGAGCCCAGCCAGAUCACUCCCUCCUUCAAGCCCAAUCCAGCUACAAGCCACGGCUAAAGUUGCGUCACGCACAGCUUCAGUACUGUCCAAUUCCCCUCUCCUGACGGCACCACAUAAACUACAGGGGACUGGCCCCCUCAUCCUGACAGAGGAGGAGAAGAGGACACUGGUAGCGGAGGGCUACCCAAUCCCUACCAAACUGCCCCUGACAAAAGCAGAGGAGAAAGUGCUAAAGAAAAUCCGCAGGAAAAUAAAAAACAAGAUCUCUGCCCAGGAAAGUAGAAGAAAAAAGAAAGAAUACAUGGACAGUCUGGAAAAAAAAGUUGAGACCUGUUCAAACGAAAACAGUGAGCUGCGUAAGAAGGUUGAAGUCCUGGAGAAUACUAACAGAACACUUCUGCAGCAGCUGCAGAGACUCCAAGCCAUGGUUGCUGGCAAAGUGUCCCGUUCAUGUAAGGCAGCUAGCACACAGACAGGGACCUGUCUUAUGAUGGUGGUGCUGUGCUUUGCAGUAGUUUUUGGCAGCUUCUCUCAGAGCUAUGGGCCAUAUCCUUCUGCUACAAAGAUGGUGUUGCCCAGGCAGCAUUCCUCACCAGAGUCCUACACAGAUUCCAUUGUGAGGUCAAGGAGUCUGCUAAUUUAUGAAGAGCCUCACCAACUGGAGGAGUCGUCAAGCCCGAUCUCCUUUGCAGAUCGCAAUGACAGGCAAACAGACACCUCCAAGUACGCAACGCUGUCCCUGGAAGCUGUGUCAGGGACACAGCAGGAUGACAUCAUGCAGUUCACAAUAGCCAACGAGACAAGGCUAGAGAAAUCAGUGCUGCUGGGCCUGCAGCAGCACAGAGUCAACUCCGAACUAGAAAGAAAUGAAACACUGAAGAUAAUUGAAAUAGACAGAAGAGUCAAUGCCACCUCUUAAAAAUAAAAAAGGCCUUUUUUUCUUGA